AUGACAAUUCUGAGAAGCGACGUCGCUGCCCAACCCAUUCAGACCACCGAGACUCACGUCGAAGGUGAAAUCACUCUACACCAUCAUCACGAGCGCGUCGGACGGGAAGGUCAAGAAGAGGACGCUCAAUCUCUUUACUCGCAACACCAACAUCAACUUCAACACGAUCAUCAACACGAACACGAACCCGAACAACAACAUCACCUUCCCCCUCCUCCCCAACGACAAGAGUUUAUAGAAGAAGAGGUUCGCAUCACCCGUGAAGAAGAUCGCCGUUCUGAAUACCGUCCGAGCAGCCGAAGAGAAGAAGAAGUUUAUAUUCGUGAAGAACGCAGACCCGAACACAAACACAAACACCACUCUGCUUCCUUCGAUAUCAACACCCCACAUCACCACAGACACUUCGAAGCUUCUUUUGAAAGAGACAGUGAUCGUCACCACAAACACUCUGAAGUUAAUAUCGAACUUCCCCGUCGUGAACAUCAUCAUCAUCACCAUCAUCAACGUCGUCAAUCUUCUGAAGUAGACUUUCAACUUGAACGUCAACGUCAACCUCGUCACUACGAACCAUCUGAAGUUGAUACUCAAUUCUCUGCUCCUCAAAAGAGUCCUACCGAGACAAACAUCGACUUCGUUGAACGUCAAUACCGUUCCCGAACCCAACCAAGCUACAAGGAAGACACUGUCAUCGUCGACCCUCCCAAAUCCCGUGUAUCUGAACCAAGAUACAUUGAAGAGACUCGUGUAACUGAGACUACUAUCGUCCCAGCACCCCGUUCAACUCACUCCCACAAAGCCAAGUCAACCUUCCACGAAGAAAAGUUCGAGGAAGAAGUUCGCGUCAAGCAACCUCGCACACCAGCCAGAUCUACUUUCACCGAAGAAGUUCGUGAAAGAGAACUCGUCAAGUACACUCCCCCCGCACCCAAAUCAACCACUUCAACUUUCAAACCAGUCAAUCUCGAAAUGGGUUACUACGAUGAUGAAGCCGGAGCCCCAGCCGUUGCUGCUCCAAAGCAACCUGCCAACACCGUUACCAUUCCUUGCCACCACAUCCGUAUGGGUGACCUCUUGAUGCUCCAAGGACGUCCCUGCCAGGUUAUCCGCAUCACCACCUCCGCUGCCACUGGCCAACACCGUUACUUGGGUGUCGACCUCUUCACCAGACAAUUGAAUGAAGAGUCCUCUUUCAUCGCCAACCCAAGCCCAAGUGUCGUCGUCCAAACUAUGUUGGGACCAGUCUUCAAGCAAUACCGUGUUCUUGAUCUCCAGGACCACUCUGUUGUUGCCAUGACCGAGACCGGUGAUGUCAAGCAAGCCAUUCCUGUUUUGGACCAAUCCAACCUCUGGACCCGUCUUAAGGAGGCCUUCGAAGGUGGACGUGGUAGCAUCCGCAUCAUGGUCGUUGCCGAUGGUGGUCGUGAGAUCGCUGUUGACAUGAAGACCGUCCACGGAUCCCGUCUGUAG